AAAAACUGCGCAAAUCAUCAACACAUAAGGAUGUAGCAUGAGCAUGCCGCAGGCGCCGAGGCGCCGCCGACGGCCUACGACUCUACGAGACGCAUGAGAGAUUUCAGCGGUUCGAAGGACGGAAGGAGCGCGGAUGCCGGCGCAACUGGAAUCCACGGCAGCAUCUUUUGCCGACCUCACUGCAUUCGUAAUCAACCGGAGCCCGGAGGGUAGUCUCGUAAUUCCUGGCAUCUCCUUCCCCUUGCAGCCUUGACCUCAGAAAGCUCUUAUCUCCCCUCUCGACGCCUCCAAUCCGAGCUCCAGCGAGUCCAAGAACCCAAAAAUCUCAUCUUUCCAUGGCUGGCGACGAGCUCCCGGCGGCAGCGGCGGCGGCAGAGGCGGCCGACGUGGAUCUCGUCGAGAUCCUGGAGGAGGGGUCCGGUCGGUUGGACAUCUCCCGGUACGUGGACCACGUCCGCGACCUCUCCGCGGGCGCCAUCGCCACGUUCGAGGGCACCACGCGGGACCACUUCGCGGGGCGUCGCGUCGUGGAGCUCCGGUACGAGGCGUACGCGGCCAUGGCGCGGCGCCGGCUGGUGGCCAUCCUGCGCGAGGCCCGGGCCGCCCACGCGCUGCGGCGGCUCGCCGUGGCGCACCGCCUCGGGACGGUGCCGGCGGGCGAGGCGAGCGUGUUCGUGGCGGCGUCGGCCACGCACCGCGCCGACGCGAUGGAGGCGUGCAGGUACGUGAUCGACGAGAUCAAGGCGUCCGUUCCCAUCUGGAAGAAGGAGGUGUACGACGACGGCGAGGUCUGGAAGGAGAACCGCGAGUUCUUGGACCGCCACCCCGACGACACCAUCGGGGCGCCGGCGGCGAACGGGAAGGGAGGAGGAUGCUGCGGGAGUAAGGUCAGGGUAUUGGACUGCCACUCCGACGAGGCCACCGCGGCGGCGGCGGCCCCGGCAGCGAAGGGGGGCGGCUGCUGCGGGAGCAAGGUCAGGGUGGACCAGUAGACCAGAUAGCAGCCGUCUGAUUGCGAUCGCACGGGCCUGGUACCUUUGAUAUUUUCUGUGACUUUGCACUCCCCCCUUUGACUUUUUGAGAGAGAUUUUUGAGAAACUAAAGAUGGCCACGAUGCCAUCAGAGAAACAAUCAGAUUGCUUGUAUUGUGAAACUGGAUACUCUGAGUAAAAAAUAAUGAAACAAUAAGAUUGAUAUGAAUUUGUACUGAA